AUGGAUGAAAAUAAAGAUACUGAUUCCAAAGAAACUGGAGAAUAUGAAGAUGACUUUGAAAAGGAUCUGGAGUGGUUAAUUAAUGAAAAAGAACAAAGUGAUGUCAACAUACUAGAGAUGGCUUGUGGGGAUGAAGAGAGCACUAGCAAAGAGUUAAAAGAGAAUGACACAGAAGCUGAGCACACCGGGCAGCUUUCUGAUCCCGACACAUCCACGAGAGAAGAGGUUUCCCCAAGAAGGAAUGACUACAUUUCCGUGCCGAGCAGCCAGUCUUUGGAGCCCAUGUCAGAUUCGGACAGUGAAAACUCUUUCCAGGAAUCCAAACUGGAAAGCCAGAAAGACGCAGAGGAGGACGAGGAUGAGGAAGUGAGGAGAUACAUUAUGGAGAAAAUUAUACAAGCCAACAAGAUCCUACAGAGCCAGGAACCCGUGAAUGAUAAGAGGGAGCGGAAACUGAAGUUCAAGGACAAACUAGUGGAUCUAGAAGUCCCUCCGCUGGAAGACACUGAUGACUACAAACAUUACCUUGAAAGUGAGAGUAACGUGUCUGGGAAGCUGUCGCAGUUACGCAUUUCCAACGGGUUUGGACAGGAAGGCGUGCUGCUGUCGCUCCCUGGCGGGAACUGUGAGGAGAACAAGGACAGGAAGAUCCUGGUGGAGAGAGACGGGAAGUUUGAACUUCUCAAUCUGCAGGACAUUGAGAGUCAGGGCUUCUUGCCCCCCAUUAGCAACGUCAACAGUUCAGAAAACGAAGCUCAGCAGUCAUCGCCCAGGUCUUCUGGCUCAGUGGUCAGUGGUGUCAAAAAGGAAGAGCCAGCAGCCAAGAUCCAGGACUCACCCACCGAGGAGCCCGUGGCUUUCCGCCCCCAGUCGCCGCCCGACCCCAAGGCUCGGCCCAACUCCGCUGCCAACUCUGAGCUCAGUAAGGGGAAUGGGAAGUUUUAUCACAGGAUACAGUCUGCCAGCGUAUCUCCAGUGACCUCAACGUAUUGUCUCUCUCCGCGACAGAAGGAACUGCAGAAGCGGCUGGAACAAAGGAGAGAAAAGCUGAGGAGAGAGGAAGAACAACGGAAGAUAGAAGAGGAGAGAGAAAAGAAAAAGGAGAACGACAUAGUAUUCAGAGCGUGGCUGCAGAAGAAAAGAGAGCAGGUCGUGGAAAUGAGGAGAGUUCAGAGAGCAAAGGAAAUCGAAGACAUGAGCAGCAGACAGGAAAACAGAGACCCCCAACAAGCUUUCCGGUUAUGGCUUAGAAAGAAGCACGAAGAGCAGAUGAAAGAAAGAAAGACAGAAGAACUGCGAAAGCAGGAGGAGUGCUUGUUCUUCCUCCAGGGGACAGAGGGCCGUGAGCGGGCCUUCAAACAGUGGCUACGAAGGAAGCGGAUGGAAAAACUAGUGGAGCAACAAGCUGUCAAGGAAAGGACUAGACAGUUCCGACUGGAAGCAAAGCGUUCCAGGCAGUUGCAGAAUCAGUCAUAUAUGUCCGAAGCCAAAUCCUUCCGCUUCACUGAUCAUUACAACUGA